AUGCCUGCUCUACCUUCAUCUCUAGUCACGUCACUUUUAUAUGGAUUUAGUUUGCUACUGACUCUUUUGAAUGGCACACAUGCUGGAACACACGAGAAGCGAUUAUUGCAUCAUUUAUUGGAUAAUUAUAAUGUUUUGGAGCGUCCGGUGGCUAAUGAAUCGGAUCCUCUUCAGUUGAGCUUUGGACUAACGCUUAUGCAAAUUAUUGAUGUCGACGAGAAGAAUCAACUACUCAUCACCAAUAUUUGGCUUAAGUUGGAAUGGAAUGACAUGAAUUUGAGAUGGAAUUCAUCAGAGUAUGGCGGUGUAAAGGAUUUGAGAAUACCUCCACAUCGACUGUGGAAGCCAGAUGUGCUUAUGUACAAUAGUGCUGACGAAGGUUUUGACGGUACAUAUCCGACGAAUGUGGUCGUACGAAGCAAUGGAUCGUGUUUAUAUGUGCCACCCGGAAUUUUUAAAUCCACAUGUAAAAUCGACAUAACAUGGUUUCCUUUCGACGAUCAACGAUGCGAAAUGAAAUUUGGAUCAUGGACUUAUGAUGGAUUUCAGCUUGAUGUCCAAUUACAAGAUGAAGCUGGUGGUGAUAUUAGCAGUUUUAUAACAAAUGGAGAAUGGGAUCUUUUGGGAGUGCCUGGACAAAGAAAUGAAAUCUAUUAUAAUUGCUGCCCCGAGCCCUACAUUGAUAUAACGUUUGCGAUAUUGAUCAGGAGAAAGACGUUGUAUUACUUUUUCAAUUUAAUUGUGCCAUGUGUCUUGAUAGCGUCAAUGGCUUUAUUAGGCUUCACGCUUCCUCCAGAUUCCGGCGAAAAGUUGUCUUUAGGAGUUACCAUACUUUUGUCUCUCACCGUCUUCCUAAACAUGGUGGCUGAAACAAUGCCGGCCACUUCAGACGCUGUGCCUCUUUUAGGAACUUAUUUCAAUUGUAUCAUGUUUAUGGUUGCAUCGUCGGUCGUCAGUACGAUAUUAAUCUUAAACUAUCAUCACCGAAAUGCCGAUACGCAUGAAAUGUCUGAGUGGAUUCGAGUGGUGUUCCUCUACUGGCUUCCAUGUUUAUUGCGAAUGUCUCGUCCGGGACAGGAGUCAUACGAAUGCGCACCCAUCCCAGGAGUUGGUGGUAACAGCGAAAAAGCAAAACAAUUGAACGAUGUUGAACUAAGAGAAAGGUCAUCGAAAUCAUUGCUAGCAAAUGUGCUCGAUAUCGACGAUGAUUUUCGAUGCAACCAUCGAUGUAAUACGUUACCGCAUAACCCAACAUAUUAUCGAACUGUUUAUCGGCAAGGCGAUGAUGGAAGUAUUGGACCUGUGGGCGGAGGACCAGGACGCAUACACGAAACCGUCUCGCACACAUGCCUCAGUUCAUCGGCAGAAUAUGAAUUAGCACUGAUAUUAAAAGAACUACGAGUUAUAACAGACACGCUGCGGAAAGAAGACGAAACGAGUGAAAUAACAAAAGACUGGAAGUUCGCUGCGAUGGUUGUUGACCGCUUGUGCCUUAUCAUAUUCACAUUGUUUACAAUAAUUUCAACCGUAGCUGUUUUAUUCAGUGCACCAAACUUCCUUCUAUAACCGCUGACGUUAAUAUUCCAUUUAAAGUCAAGUCAACGUUAUUACAUCAUAACAAUAAUAAGAAUAAUAAAGAUUAAUGAUCAAUAAUUGAAUUAAAUCGACAUAAGAAGAAACACAGCGAGCGAGUGAAGGAAGAAAAGAAAAAAAUGAAAGAAAGAAAAAUAUUUAAAAUGAAAAUAAGCACACGGGAAAUGAAAUAGAACAAACAAUUUUCUUUCUAUUUUCCAAACAUUUUCCUACAAUCGAUAAAGUUUGAAUCGUUCGAUUUCAAGAACUGAAGAAAAUCAUUAUCGGUUUGGAAAAUAUUUAUGUUGACGAUGUAAAAGGAAGAAAGCGAGUAGAUGAAGCAGAAAGAUAAAAUCAUUAAAUUCCAAUACAACAAUCAGGAAUAAAAUGAAAUUUUCAUGCACAGCGAGUGCAUUUAAACCGAUGCUGUUUCCAUUCCUAAAAUAAAAAUUCCUUCCUUCAUUUUACCACCACUCGCUCGCAAUUAACGUGAAAACACAGGAAUCAGCGCCGUGUUGCGGUUAAUGGCGCACAAAACAUUACAAAGCAUUAAGAAAAGAAUUCAAAAGUGUUCAGUAUGUAAUAAAAAUUUCCUGAAAUAAUUCCU